AUGGCAGGUUCAAGAAGAAAGAAGAAUCGCAAAACUCCUACUAAAAAGAAGAAUUCAAAAAGACCUGUAAAGAAGUCGAGCACUACUAAAAUGAAGCGACCAACCAAGAAGUCUGCUUUGUUACAUUCUCAGUUAUCUACAAGAGUCUUGCAAUAUGACAAAAGUUGGAAUUAUGGAGAAAGUUUCGUUUAG